GCAAUGUGGCUUAGCCAGACACGCUCGCUCACUCACUCACACAGGAGGCGCGUGGAAGGCGGAAGUAUUGAAUGACUUUACAGAACUAGUCGCUCUCUGUGUACAGCCUGGGCUUGGAGUCCUGGACCGGGGUCAUGGUGAUUCCGAGCUUGUGCGAGGCCGCCCGGAGCCUCCUCCGGCGCAUUUGGCCGGUGAUCGUGCUCCACCAGCUGAGCUUCACGCUCUUUCAGACCGCCCUGCAAAUGGUGGUAAAGGACCGGUGCGACAACAGCUCGGACCCGGACCGCGGUUCCAGGGAGGACCGGCAACAGAGAGCCAUGGCGGACUUCUUCAUGAUCUACAACCUCAUCAUCCAGCUGGUUCCAGUGCUCCCCGGCCUGCUGCUGGCGAGGGCGAGCGAUCGUGGCUGGAGGCGAGCGCCCAUCGUGCUGCCGCUGUGCGGCUACCUGGUGCAAACGCUGGGGCUGCUGCUGGUGGUCGCUGCGCGCCUGCCCCUGCAGGUGAUGUUCGGGGCAGCGGCUCUGGUGGGGGCGACGGGGGAGUUCAGCGUUCUGUGGCCCGGCGUCAUGACGCUGGCAUCGCUCAACUCUUCCGCGAAAGACCGCUCCAAGGAGCUGAUGACAGCUGAGCUGCUGUAUGGCCUAGCAGGUCUAGUGGGCAGUCUUGUGUCGGGUCAUCUGUUUCUGGUGUACAGCCAAAGUUUGGGUGGCGGGACGGUCCUGCUCAUCGUGAGCUGCCUGCUCUUCCUCACAGCCAUCGCCCUCUCCGCGGCUCUGCUGCAGGUCCAACGAGCGUCUUCAGAGCCAGAAGAGACCACUGCUCUCAUCACCAACGUCUCACCGGAUGUUUCUACUGAGACAUCCACAGGGAAAAACUUGAUCAACGUGGUCCUGCUGAUGUCAGCGGGAAUCCUGUACAACUCUGCCGUUGGAGGAGCAGUUGAGAUGUUGGCCAUCUUUGUGUUGAAGGAGCCCCUCAGCUGGGAUGCCACGAUGGUCGGUUACGGCAACGCGUUUGGUGGCGCCAUCUUCAUCACCAGCUUCAUUGCUGUUGUCAUCUUUCGUCGUUGUGCUAGUGACACAACGCUGAUUCUCAUCGGGAUGAUCUCCUUUGCUACUGGGAUCUACUUCAUGUCUUUUGUCACCUCCACCACAAUGUUCUUUGUCGCUCGCUCCAUCAACAUGCUGGCGCUCAUUCCAAUGCCGACGAUCAGAUCCAUGCUCUCGCAGCAGGUGCCGGAGUCUUCGCUCAGCGUCACUUUGACGCUGCUGCAGAUCAUCCUGAGACUGGCGGGUCUGGCGUACGUCCCGGCCUUCACCAGGAUCUAUCAGAACACUCUGGACUGGUACCCAGGGUUUGUCUUCAUGCUGGCCAGCAUGCUGACUGUGCUGGCAAUGAUCCCUGUCAGCAUUGUUGGCUGCAGACCAAGUCUGAAGCGACGGCGGCACACAGCUCCUGAAGAAUGAGCUUUUUUCACUUCCUCUUUGGUGAACAGAAAAUAACGAGUCAGCAAUAAUGCAACAAACUGUUACAAGAGCACUUUUUGAUCAUUUAUAUAACUUAAGUCUGAAUCUCUGCAUAUGUACAGUAUCUUAUACUUCUUUGACGCUGCGAAACUGAAGCGAACACACUGGCUGAUUGUUACUUCCUCGUUUCCUCAUUGUGUGCAUAACCUUGCACCAAUUACUUUUAUUGGUUUACUUUUAUUAAUAUUAUUUUUUUUUUAUAUUAAAAAACACCGACCAUCAGUUGAUGCGAGGGUGAAAGACUCAGGAGUGACUACUGGGACACACUGUCGGGACAAAGGUAGCAGGGUUUUUUUUUCUGUUUAAUUCAUGUUUAGUGUGUGACUUAACUGAAAGUGAAACAAGUGGAAUUUCCUCUCUGUGGGACUAAUAAAGGAUAUGUAAUCUAUAAAAUUUUAUAUAGAUCUAACAUAGCAGCAUAAACAAAAGAAAUCAUUUGAUUCCCACCAGAUGUUUAGUAUAUUAGGGUAAAAUAUAUAUAUUUUUUAUUUUUAUAGUUUGCAAUGAAAGUUCCAGCCCAGAUGUCUUAAAUAAAAUAUUUUUUUAAAAUAAAGUCAUGGGACUUGUUUUCAUCUCCUGAAUAGACAUAAUACUGCGUUUAAUAAAAGCAUGUGAAAUGACGAUCAAAAACCUGGGGCUUUCCUUCAAGCAGGUCCUGAUGACUGAGCAGGAAUAAAAAGCUCCAUUUACCAACUUUCAAGACCUUUCCAGAUUGACCUAAAUAACAUAGGUCAUACGUCCCACCCGCUUUUUUUUUUUUAAGUUCUCUCUUUAACACAUAACCUUGAAUUUCAUUUUUAUGUAUUUUGAGCUCCAGUGGGCCGCAUAAAGUUUCUUGGCAGCACUCGGGCCUGAGUUUUACUCGUGGUCUAUGGGAAGGAGAAAAGGAUCAUGUUGUUGAUCUACUGGCUGCGCUGCAAACUACCAGAUAAGCCAUAGUGUCCUGAUAGAGUAACCUGACUGCUGGUCCAGUGUAGACCUCUAUGAAGACCACGGAGGUCGGGUUCCCUAGAUGAAGAAGUUCCCAAGAAGCCUGAUGUGUCAAAUACAUGAAUUAUGUUUAUUAUUGGUCCAUUAUAUCACAAAAACAUUUGAGGUAAAUUGAGAUAACUGCUUCCAAAUAUUUAUAUACACAAGUUUGUCCUCUGAAUAUAAUUACAUGACAUUUCCAAAUCGACAACGUAAACAUUUCACACUGAGGAGGAACAGAAACAAGAAUCUGAAAAGAACUUUCUGUGCUUCAAAUUAAAUUUGACUGUAGACGGGAGGGAGAGAGACCUUUCAAAUAACUUGAUAAUAAAGCCUACAAAAGCGCUGGCAGAAACAACUUUUUUUUUUUUUUUUGCAGACGUCUUAUAUAGAUAAUUUAUUGCUCUUUUUGGCCACUUAACAGCAAACAUUUAAUUUAGUUAGAGAUUAGUUUCAGCAGGAAUCCAGCAAAGGGGCGAAGCUACAGUUAGUGCAACGAUAAAUCAGCAGGCACAGUUUAACACGGGGCUUCAACACGCCGCCAUCUCACAGAAAAAUUGUUGAUGCUGGGUCAAUUUUUGUCUUUCGGGGCUCCUCUGUAUAUGUAUAUAUACUGUACAAAAAUAGACUCGGCUGUACAUUUGGUCAAAAGUGGACUAUUAUUCACCAAAAUAAUAAAUGACUGAAAAGCAUGCUAC